GUUUUGUGCACCCUAUCGAUACCAAAACAAGCUGACAAAACGUCCCAGCAAAAAAUAAAUAAACGUGUUUUGAAAGGAUUUUUGAGCCAGAACGCACAUGCUGCUAUGGCUGUUUCUGUUGUGUAGACGAUUUAAAUAUUUUUGUAAUAUUCUGUGAAUAUCUUGUAGUUUUCGGUUUGGUUCCCCACAAAAACGGACAACGAUGGCCGGCCUUGAACUGAUCAUCGGCACCUAUGAGCAAUUCACAGCGGGCUUCAAAGUGGAACCGAUGAAAACGGAUCCCUCCCGUUUGCACAUGAAGGAAAUCUUCUCAACACACAAUCAUACGGCCUCGGUACGGGUACUUGCGACCUACGGCAAAUUGCUUGCAUCCGGCGGAUCGGACGAUCGCAUCUGCAUCUUCGAUCUGGAAACGGGACUGCUCAAGGAUGAAAUGCUGCAUCACAACGGAACCGUAAAUUGCUUGGCUUUCUCCCCGAAGGGAGAUUAUCUAUUUAGCGGAAGCAGUGACGGUAAAAUAUCCGCCAUCAACACGAAGCGCUUGAACAUCGAUAAGACUUGGUCGAAUGCCCACAAAGGAGCGGUGCUCAGCCUCGACAUUCACCCGAAAGGCAGAUUGGCGCUUACCUUGGGUUCGGAUAUGAUCGUCAAGACGUGGGAUCUGGUAACUGGAAGGGCCAUUUCAACACGCGGACUACGCAAUGAUCCAAAGUACCAUGCGCUGUCUCUCAUCAAAUGGAAUCCCAGUGGGGACAGCUUCGUCCUGAUGGACGAUCGGAUGGUUGAUAUCAUUUCCUUGGAAAAAACUCAUUCCUCUCGGACAGUCAAAUGCCCAAGCAAGCCGAUUUGUCUGUGUUGGAUCUCCGACACUGAACUGGCGGUCGGAUUGGACGACGGUCAUCUGAUGAUGUUCAACGUGGACGACGGUGACGAACCGGAGAAGAUACCAAUCUAUGAAUCACGAGUCAAAGCGAUGGCAUUUGUUAGAGAUCUCCUGGCUACUACUUCCAGUGCUGGUGAUGUCAGUUUGUGGAAAAUUGACGGAAAAGAUUUCAGCGAAAUUUGCACAACAAACAUCGGGUGCAGACCCAUUUGUAUGGUGGUUACGGAGGCGGAUGAAUUGGGUUUGCACAAGUACCUUCAGCAGUCGGAGGAUAAUAAAGAUGAAGUUCGGAAGCAGUUGAACAGGAUUCAGACGAUCGGUAAGGUCACAGUGGAAACGGAAGACCCCAUUCGAGAAGCCAGCGAACAACCGCGCUCUAAGAAAUUGAAGAAAAACAAGCGAUCCGCUCUGGUAAACGAAACCAAUAACAAUGGGAGCACUCCUUUGCCAAACAAACAGAAAGAUGAUUCACAAUCAACGCCGAAGGGAACGUCAUCGACUCAGAAAAAAAGGAAACUGGCAAGUAAUAUGAGCGGAGUUUGGGAGGAAGAAGAUGUGGUCAUCGAGGAAGCAGAGCUUCCAAAGAAGGCUAAGAAACAUAAAGCAAAGAAACUCUAUUCGACGGAACAGUAAUAAUAAUAUUUUCAAAACUUUUUGUUUUCCGUGAAUUUCAAAAAGUCUUCAGUUCUUCAUAUGUCUUAAUGGUAAAAAUGCAAACAUUGUUCAACAGUCUCUAAUUACAGCCUGUAAAUUACAAAUAUUUGUAAAAAAAAGUUUUACAAUAAAGUUUAAUUUUUUACCGAACACAAUCAAAA